AUGGAGUACAGCGUGAUUUUUCCAUAUGGAACGGUGUCCACGUUGAUUCGUCUAGUUCCUUUCAGAUUCCUUCAAAGCAGAGACGACGUCGAAGUGCCAGAAGUCUCGAGAGACCAAACAAAGUACCACGAAAGCCAGGAAUGCCUUUCUAGAGAGAAACUGAAGGACAUGAUUGAGAAGAAGGUCACGAACAGCUAUAUGAGAUGGAAUGAUGAGAUAGCCGAAAAAGCUCAGCAUUAA